AUGCAUCUCUUCCGCCGAGGUACCUCCUCACUCUUCAGUUCGUCCAACGUUUCACUCGCCUCCUCUAAGACCGACAUCACCACCGACGCUGUGGGGGAUAGCGCUCUCGCUACGGAAGGAUUCCAGUCUGUUUCAGCAUCUGAUAAGCUUUUCACAAAGCCCGAAGCAUCUAUCGAUGGCGAAGAAUGCCUCCACGACUGCUCAAGCUGCACUGUGAAAUACCCCGCAAAAUUUGACGUGGACUUGGAGGAUGAGCUUUACGGGAAUGUGAAUGGGUGGGCGACACACAUGCUCGUUGCUACUGGCAAAUCAGAUUGGGUGCGCGAUGUUGCAGAUGAGAAAGGGAGCAUCAUGGAAGCAAUCGAGAAGGGAGGAGUCGAGCCCAGCAACGGGAGAUUGAAACUAUCCGCCUCAAACAUGCCGGUACCAGAUGAAUACCACAUGCAUGAGCCAGGGCAACAACCAACAAAUGUGCUCCUGCUACCCAGCUUCACCAUCGUGGAAAAUGUAACUCCACAGCUGGCACCCGAUCUGAUUGCAAACUUUAUCAACAAUUCUCCGACAACAACCACACCACUCGGCGGCAUUCCUCCAGAAAAGAAGAGCGAGGAUGGAGUGGACUCUCCAGACAAGGAGCAGCAGGAGCAGCAGGAGCAGCAGGAGCAGCAGGAGCAGCAGGAGCAGCAGGAGCAGCAGGAGCAACAGCCACCGCACCCCUCCAAUACAUCCAUCACAUCAACUCCUCUCACAUCUCACCCUUGCCCUCAUGCCGCUGUGAUUCUUCUCUGCUCGCAGCGUACCCGCGACGCACGUUGCGGCCAGUCCGCACCCCUGCUGCGCAAGGAAUUUGAGCGGCAUCUGCGGCCGUUGGGCCUGUACCGUGACAUGGAUGAUCAGCGACCUGGCGGCGUGGGCAUAUAUUUUAUUAACCAUGUUGGUGGGCACAAGUAUUCAGCCAAUGUGAUCGUAUACCGUCGCAGGGACUUUGAUUGGUACAAGCGCGAGGAAACACGCGCUGCAGAUGAAGAAGAAGGUGCUUCUCAAGGCAUUUGGUUGGCACGCGUGCGGCCAGAGGAGUGUGAAAACAUCAUUCGGUAUACUGUCCUGCAAGGCAAAGUCCUCAAACCUGAAUCUCAACUGAGGGCUGGGUUUGAUCGCCAGCGCGGGUUGACGAGCUGGUAG